GCUAUGCCAGUCAGCAGUGGCGGAGCUGUCGCACUGCCCCCGCAACUCGGAGCCUUUAAAACACACAACAGUCAGUCACGCUGACAUCAGAGCAGCUUCUCUCUCUCUCUCUCUCUCUCUCUCUCACACACACACACACACUUAUACGCACUAAUUCUCUCUCGCUUGAGCAAACCGCUGCUGGAACAGCAAUCAUCUGACAGACAGCUGGUGCUUACUCUGCUGUUAUAGGAAAGGACAAGAAACCUUAUCCUAUCUCGGCCUUCGUCCGCUCAACAGUCCUCGUCCCUGGACAAGGAACGUCUGCUAAACCCCCUACUUCCAUUCCACGUUCUCUCCUUAUAAGUCUCCUACUCCCUCUAGCUAACAUGGUGCUGUGUGAAGAUCUGGAGUGCGGCGUGUGCUGCCAGAGCUACUCUCGAAGCAAGCGAGUUCCCAGAAUGCUCUUCUGCAACCACACGUUCUGCACGACCUGCCUGGAGACCAUGUCCACGGAGCGCGGCAGUAUGCUGAAUGUCCGCUGCCCACUGUGCCGCCAGGUGUCUUGUGUGCACCGUGGUCUUGGCCUGCAGAACGCCUUGUGGGUCGACAGUCGCCUGUGGGACUGCAUAGCUGAGGCUCCAGAGGAAGAACAGGAGGAGGAAGGCCAGGAAGAAGAGAAGAGAAACAGUACCACAGCACAAGCCGAACCUCCAGCACAAAGUGAAUGGUGGAGGCUGAGCUCUACACAAAAUCGACCCAAACUACGACUGCUAUCCUUCCUGAAGAGACUGAGUAGCCCCAGACAGGCCCAGGAGAGGAUUGUUCCUGGAUGCAAUGUGCAGAUGAAAUCCUGGCGAAAGCUUUCGGGUGAAGAAACAUUUUAAAAGAGGUCGUGCCAAACCGGCCUUGCCACUCUGCACAAUGAACUCUCCCUGUUUGUUUUGCCAUUGUCAUUUAAAACUGGCCUGCCAUGUGCCAAUCAAGUCUGGAUUAGCAGCAGUGGACGCUGGGCCAGGGGUCUAAAGCAGACAGUGACCAUGCAGACAUCUUCCUGGCUGUUUUCUUCUCAGGCCGCAUUUUCUGCAUGAAUAGUUACAAGCCGGGGUGCUGCCGUUCUAUCUGCAGGGAUCUCCUCAUUAGCCAUUCCACCCAUAAUCCUUCACAGCUGCUGCGGCGGGAUCUGCUUCAGCUGUUCCAACAGAGAUGGAGAGAGAAAGAGGGGAAAGAGCACAAGAGCGAGUGUCCCAGAUGCAACAUGGAGCUGUGUGAACAGAUGGCCUCCCGAGAAAGAACACCCUCCGACUCUAAUUGCACCCCAGCGUAUCCAGAGAAACCCCUUUAACUUAUUAUCAGCUUUGCUAUUUAUGUUAUUUAUAAAUGACCUCGGAUUAAAGAUUCAGUCAGUGAAAGUUGUCA